UUUCAGAAUCAACAUUCAAUAAAACUUGGAAGAAGGAGGUAUGUCGUACAUUCUUGAUUGGAUCAGUACCUAUCGGAACAAUAGGAAAAUUCUACUUUUAAUCGUAUAUAUCGCUUUGUUUCUUGAUAAUAUGCUUCUAACUACAGUUGUGCCAAUUAUUCCUGAAUAUCUACUCCGUAUGGAACAUCCGAAUGAAACUGACAUUCUGUUCAGUCACAACUCUCAAAAGCGUGUGAAACGUCAGUGGGAAGAUGAUGACAGCUGGGAUGUUCCUUUGAAACUGGGUAAUAAUGCUGAUAUUGAUUGGGACGAGAACCCGAUCGGCCCAGUUGGACGAAGUGAGAGGAGAAAGGAGUCGGACAGAAAAAAUCAUAAUAGUAAAAACCGCGAAUACAAUGAUCGAAGAAAAUAUAUGUCUCCUGCUGCCAAGAAACCUCCGGUAGAAACUGAAGAACCUGCGGUACGUACAAUAAGUGAGGAAGAAAGGCAUAAGCUCCUGGCCAGUGAAAAUGUACACGUUGGACUCAUGUUUGGAUCCAAAGCUCUGGUUCAGCUUCUAGUUAAUCCAUGGAUUGGACCUCUUACAAAUAGAAUCGGCUACACUAUGCCUAUGUUCGGAGGUUUUGUCAUCAUGUUCUGCUCGACCAUCCUCUUUGCAUUUGGAGAUUCUUAUUUCACACUAUGGUUGGCUAGAGCACUACAAGGCGUGGGGUCAGCAUGCACAAGUACUUCAGGAAUGGGUAUGCUUGCACAAGCUUAUCCAGACGAUCUGGAAAGAGGAAGUGCAAUGGGUAUAGCGCUUGGAGGCCUGGCACUGGGAGUACUAGUUGGUCCUCCGUACGGUGGAUUAUUGUACCAAUGGAGUGGAAAAGAACUACCAUUUGUCCUUCUCGCCCUUCUUGCUCUCUUCGAUGGAUCAAUCCAAUUCAUGGUUUUGCAACCAAAAAUUGAUAGAGGAGAACCGGAAGGUUCAAGCAUCAAACAACUGGCUAAGGACCCGUACAUCAUCGUUGCUGCAGGAGCAAUCACCAUCGGAAAUCUGGGAAUAGCAAUGCUGGAGCCAUCGUUGCCCUUAUGGAUGAUGGAAUCAUGGGGAGCUAAUUCGUUGGAACGUGGAGCUGCAUUUCUGCCAGCUUCAAUCUCUUAUUUGAUUGGAACGAACAUUUUUGGACCUUUGGCUCAUCGCAUAGGAAGAUGGCUCUCCUCUUUCAUUGGUCUUGUCGUCAUUGGUUUCAGUCUUCUGUCGAUUCCUUCUGCAACGUCCGUCGCCGGACUUAUCAUCCCUCACGCUCUCCUCGGAUUCUCUAUCGGUAUGAUUGAUGCGUCGAUGUUCCCACUCAUGGGCUACCUUGUUGAUAUCCGUCACGUCGGUGUCUACGGAUCGAUCUAUGCCAUUGCCGAUGCCGCCUUUUGCUUCGCCUUUGCCCUUGGACCAUUCUUCUCCGGACCACUUGUCAAGAGUCUAGGAUUCCCAACGAUGAUGUACAUCAUUGCCGUCAUCAGCUUCUUAUACGCCCCUCUCAUGUUCCUUCUGAAAAACCCCCCUGUUCUAAUUGAGCCAACCCCCCAAACACAGUCAGUGGAGCUUCGUCAAAAUGGAGACUCGAGAGUCACAAAUGAGAAUUACGAAAGAAUUGAGGGAAUGAAUAUUGCUGGACAACUCCAGCAAAACAAUAUGUACUCUGCAACCAGUGCAUUUUAGAAUUAAAUAAACUUUUUCAUUAGUCUCUCCUACAUGCAAGUUAACCGCCCGUAAUUUUUUAAAACUAAAUUUUGUUCUCAACUACUUUUAAUCGUUCUUUGUUUAGUCAAUUUUAUCAUUUAAUUCAAUCAUUUUUCAUUGAUCAUCUAUGUUUUUGAAAUUAUUUAAUUUUUUCCUGAAAUGUGUGAAUGAGCGCAAAAUUGUCCAAUUUCUGUGUAGUUAAAUAAAUGAUUCUCUGGAA